UCAUGCACGAGUGAUUUUCUCUCCGUAUCAGAAACGAAAGCUCGUCAACUGAAAAUUGAUACGAUUGGGAAAACAAUGUCAGAAAAUAGGAGAUUGUCAUUGUGCAUUUCUGGAAGUCUAUUUAUAGCCGUUAUUUCACUCGCGAUCGCAAACUCGUCAUCAGUCAGUAAUCAGAUGUCAAAUAAUAUUCAAACACGGAGCAAAGCACAGAGACACAGAUCUCAGACCAGCACAAGGAUACAGAUAGAUUUAAAAGGACCCAACAUUUGUGGCAGCAGGUGUUGCCUUUCAUGGGUAGUCAACCCCAAGACCAGACAAUGCACAAAACCAAGAUGUCAUCCUCGAUGCCAUAAUAAAGCAAUUUGUCGUCGAACAAACAUCUGUCAGUGUCGCCCGGGCUUUCACGGCCAUCGAUGUGAACAUUCUAGCAGUUCUUCAGCGCCAAGCUCCUGGUUUGAGGCCCAGCUUGCUCCCACCAUACCUUCAACAGCAGCCACAUCAGCGUUCACUGCAGUUUCUACCAUCACAACCACACCUGAGUCCACCACCACCCACCACAACAUCUCUAUGUUUGACUCAGACCGCGCUCCUAGAGAUGCCAAUCCAGAUGUCCGGAAGACGAACUCAUUACACUGGGAUCCACUUAAGUUUAAGGAGGCUCAGUCAGGUAUGUUGAAGAGGGCGCUUUAUAGUGGAACCGUUGGGGAGAAGAUCACAGGUCUUAUACUGAAAUAUAUUGAAUCAGAGCGAAGCAAACUGCAGUCAUUCUCUUCUACUGGAGCAACAACCCUGUCCAGCACAAAGACCUUUUACACUCAACGGGGUCAUUACACCCUUAUUUACACAGCAGGCAGCGAUAAGGUUUAUCUGCCUGUAGAUUCAGGCUAG